GACCCCACACCACGCACGCGUUCCUGCCGUAAAAAUAAAUCCAACAACAUCUGACGAAACAAAACAAAGUUUGGACUGCUGCAAAAACGUCGAUAUACGGUCAACGGUGUAAUAAGUACGUACAGUGUUGCAAGUACGAAGAACGUCAAUGCCACGACAUUCUGCUGCUGGUUCUUCCAGAGGAGGGAAAGAUCGGAAGAAAGGUGGUGAUAAGCGUGGUGGAGGGGGCCGAGGAAGGGGAUCCAAGUUUCACGAUAGCAAUAAUGAAGAUUCAAGUGAAUGUUGUCAAAGGCUUGGUAAUCUUAAACUAGAAGAUGAUGAGGAAAGUAGCCAAGAAAGCGAAGAAGAAGAUCAGUUUGGGAGAAAAUGGCCAAAAAUCAAUCCCCCUUUCAAUGUGGCAAUGUGGGACUUGGGUCAAUGUGAUCCUAAAAAAUGUACAGGAAGAAAAUUGGCGCGACACAAUCUGGUCACGAUUUUACGACCAUCUCAUAAGUUUGGGGGAUUAGUUCUUGACCCUUUGGCAACACAGGUCCUUUCUCCAGCAGACUGUGACAUCAUGAAAGAGGGAGGCAUUGCAGUGAUUGAUUGUUCAUGGGCUAGAAUUCCAGAAUCUGGCAAUAUUUUAAAUCACCGACCUCAUCACGGAAGAUUGCUCCCUUUCUUUGUUGCUGCAAAUACAAUCAAUUUUGGGAAACCUUUAAAAUUAAGUUGUGUUGAGGCAUUGGCAGCAUCCAUGGUCAUUUGUGGAUACAAGGAUUUAGCUGAAGCUUACUUAAGUAAAUUCAAAUGGGGGAAAACUUUUCUGACGAUGAAUGAUGACUUCAUUGAUGCCUACUCUAAAUGUGCUUCGUCUGAUGAAGUAGUCAAAGUGCAGAAUGAAACGCUAGAUAGACUGCGUGCUGAAAGAGAAGCUAAUCGUGAUCAUAUUGACCUACCACCGUCCCAGUCAGAAUCUGAAGGUGAGGAGCAGCAACAAGACCAACAGAUAUCUUAAUAAUUCAUUUAAUUUUUAUUUUAAGAAUAUCAUGUGAUACAAACUUAAGAUCACAGCGAUUUUAAUAAUUGAUAAAUUGACAAAUAAUAGCUGACAAUCAAUUAUUGAUUAUACUAAUGAAA